AUUAAUCCCUCCUGCCUAACAUGAUUAGCUCGCAAAAUUUGACUACUUUACCCUCCUCUUUGGCUGCUUGCUUCCUUUCCAGAAUUUCAUGCUCAGGAUCUCAUAAAUUGUUUCAUGUGGGACAGCGAUGGAUGGGGCUGCGUGAUCUCAGAUGCAAGCAGCCAAAGAAAGUUAAAAAGAACGUCGAGAUGAAGAAAAAUUGGUCUAGGCAAGCGCAAGCCAUGUUAUUCAAAGCAGUCCUUUCGGUGUGCCUCUUAGUUUGCUUAGCAGCUUCCCAAGAUCUCAGUUUCCGCUACAAUGGCUUUCGAUCCGCCAAUCUAAGCCUUGAUGGUAUAGCUGAGAUCACCUCUAGUGGCCUUCUGAGGCUCACCAAUGACACCAAGCAGGAAAAGGGUCACGCCUUUUUUCCAAACCCAAUAACUUUCAAGAACACAAAUGGCUCUGUUUUCACCUUUUCUACUACCUUUGUCUUUGCUAUUGUACCUGAAAUUGCAAGUAUUAGUGGUCAUGGGAUUGCCUUUGUGAUUGCACCAACAAAAGGCCUCCCUGGAUCUCUUCCCAGCCAGUACCUUGGGCUGUUUAACAAGACCAACAAUGGUAAUGAUACCAACCAUGUUUUUGCAGUGGAGCUUGACACCAUCUAUAGCAGCGAAUUCGAUGAUAUCAAUGAUAAUCAUGUUGGAAUAGAUAUUAAUGGGUUAACGUCUGAGGAAUCUGCCCCAGCAGGAUAUCAUACUGAUUCCAGCGGUGGGCUCACAAACUUGACCCUUGCUAGCAGCCAACCAAUGCAAAUUUGGGUGGAAUAUGAAGGUACACAGAAGCAACUUAAUAUCACUUUAGCUCCGAUUAAUAUGGGUAAACCCAGUAUUCCACUUUUGUCUGUAGCUCUUGAUCUGUCACCAUACUUUCUAGAUACCAUGUACGUUGGUUUCUCAUCAUCCACAGGCUCUGUCCUAACAUCUCACUAUGUAUUGGGUUGGAGCUAUAAGAUGAAUGGCCAAACUCAAGCACUAGAUCUUGCUCAACUUCCUAAGCUUCCGCGAAUUGGACCUAAGGAGAGAUCAAAAUUUCUAACCAUUGGGGUGCCCACAAUUUCUGUAAGUGUGGUUUUCAUAGUAAUCUCUGGUUUAGUUUAUUUCAUAAGAAGGAAAAGGAAGUUUGCAGAAGUGCUUGAAGAUUGGGAGCUUGACUAUGGGCCUCACAGAUUCAAAUACAAGGAUUUGUACAUAGCCACUAAAGGAUUUAGGGACAAGGAACUAUUGGGUAGUGGUGGAUUUGGUAGGGUUUAUAAAGGAGUGUUGCCAUCUUCCAAGAUUGAGAUUGCAGUAAAAAUGGUGUCCCAUGAAACAAGACAGGGAAUGAAGGUUUUUGUAGCAGAAAUUGUUAGUAUUGGUCGGCUUCGUCACCGGAACCUAGUAACGCUCUUGGGCUAUUGCCGGCGCAAAGGAGAACUACUUUUGGUCUAUGAUUACAUGCCCAAUGGAAGUCUCGACAAGUACCUGUAUGAUCAACCAAGGGUCACCCUGAAUUGGAGCCAAAGAUUUAGAGUCAUAAAAGGUGUAGCUUCAGGGCUGUUUUAUCUGCAUGAAGAAUGGGAACAAGUUGUGAUUCACAGAGAUGUCAAGGCUAGCAAUGUCUUGCUAGAUGGUGAAUUAAAUGGUAGAUUGGGAGAUUUUGGCCUUGCUAGAUUAUAUGACCAUGGAACAGAUCCUCAAACUACUCAUAUUGUUGGUACUCUUGGUUAUCUUGCACCUGAACAUACUCGAACUGGAAAGGCCACAACAAAGACUGAUGUGUAUGCCUUUGGUGCCUUUUUACUUGAGGUUGCUUGUGGUAGAAGGCCAAUAGAGCGAAGAGAACAAGCAGAGGAUGUUAUCUUGCUUGAUUGGGUGUUCUCCUUUUGGGUCAAAGGUGAAAUUAUUGAGGCCAGAGAUCAAAAUUUGGGCCCAGAUUAUAUACCAGAAGAAGUGGAAUUGGUGUUAAAACUUGGUUUGUUGUGUUCGCAUUCAGUGCCUGAAGUUAGACCAAGUAUGCGCCAAGUUCUGCAAUUCUUAGAUCGGGAUAUUCCUCUUCCAGAAUUGUCAUCACUUGGCCUCUCUGCAAGUGGCCUAACAUUUGCACACCCUGAAGGUUUUAGCGAUUUUGCCAUGUCCUAUCCAUCUUCCAUGAACCUGGCAUUCUCGCAUUCAUCUUCUGUAGCAGCGUCCCUUCUUUCAGGGGGCCGCUGAAUUUCUCUCUCUCUCUCUCUCUCUCUCUCUCUCUCUCUGUUAAAUAUUAGUUUCUCACUUACUCUUCCCUUUUCAUCUUGCUUGUAUGUAUUUACUGAUAAUAAAGGUCACUGCCUCCUGGUUUUAUAGAAAUUAGGGAGCAAAAUAAAAGGGUGCACAGCAACAGCCUUUUGUUCUA